GGGGGGGUGGAUACUAAAUCACACAUCGAUCAGCAAUAAUGUUUUAACCUUCAUCUGAGAAUUUGAAAAUAAGCAGCUUUAAUGUAAUGUCAGAUUGAAAUGAAUGUUCUUGUUGUAAAAUAAACAAUAUGUUAACAUUCUUGUUCUUAUUUUACAGCUUCACAUUGGCGGAAACAGAAUCACGGAAACGUCGACACAGACCCUCGCUAGCACAAUCAAAUUUGAUCUUUGAAGUUUUAUUUCACGGUUUUACGUCAAAAUGUUUAACUAAUUUAGCAAAAGAAAUUCAAAAUAUUGAACAUUCGAACAAAGUUUUAACUUUUAAAUAAUUGUUUUAUUGAACAUUUUACAUUGUAAGGAAUGGUCCAAUAGUUCCAAAACUACGUUACAAAAAAAAUAAGUGCAAAAGCAAAGUCAUCAUGGGAAAUUGUUUGAAAUCAUGCCAAGUAUCCGCAAAUGAUCACCAAGCGCAGUUAGAGACCAAUACAAAUGUGUUAGGAACCGACGUUGAUGCCAUUAACGAUGCUGGGGGUCGAGACAAACAGGGUAUUAGUGAGGAUGCAGAAGUAUACAAGCAAGACAUUGGCGCUCUAGCUGCAAGGGAGAAGGCCGAGAUUACACAGCCCCAGCAGCAGCAGCAGCAGCAGGAUGAAGCCAUCAUAGCGGACUCAACGAACAAACAGCUAGCGCAGUUCGAGAAAACGACAGAAAUGUGUGUAACGGUCAUUGAAGAUGCUGCGGUUCGAGGAAUAGAACGUAUUGAUGAUGGCACAGACGCACACAUGCGAGACCUUGACAAACACGCUACUAAGAAGAUGGCCGAGAUAUCACAGUCCCAGCAGCAGGUUGAUGAUGGCUUCAGAAAGGACCUGAAAAAAAUUCUACUUCAACACCAUUUGAACAGCAACUCUACACUUUUUCCGGGACCGUUCUUUCAUGGCUCAGUGAGCCUAGAAUAUUUCUACGUUCCUCCUAGGCUUUCGGAGGUAUUGAACAAAAUGAACAGAGAGAAGAACGGACCAGAAGAAGAGGAGACACGACCUAUUACAUCCCUGGAACAGCUACUGACACCUGAUGAUACAACGAAUCAAUUAACAAUCAUAACCGCGAAUGCUGGUGUUGGUAAAUCAUCGUUUUGUAAGUUUGUAUCUGUUUUGUGGUGCGCAUUACAUGGCCAAAAAACGGAUACAAUCAGCAAGUUUGCCAAAAGUUUUGACAUUCAAUUCGAUUCUUUGAAAAAUAUACCCUAUUUACUCUACAUUCCAUUGAGAGAUAUUCCAACAGGCCGAACCCAUUCUAUUGAAGACAUUAUUUUUGCUCAUUUGGAAAUUGUGAUAGGAUACCAGGACGAUGACCGAAAAAACCUGGAAAGAAUAUUUAUGGACGAACGAUGUUUGGUUAUUUUAGAUGGAAUGGACGAAUCUUCCUUAUCAACUCUGAAAUCACCAAAGGCAAAACGGAAGUACAGCAUAUUGAUAACAUGCCGCCCAUGGAAACUGGCAGAAACAGAAUUGCCGAAAUACAAGCAUGUAUGUAUUGACGAUCUCAACAACAUUGCACGAAACAAGCUUUUUAAACACCUGAAUACAAUUUUAAACACAUUUUAUCGGACCACGUUUAACGUUGAAGAUUUUUUUGCCACUUUAGAGACUCAAAACCUACAGUCACUUUCCUGCAACACACACGUUGGUCUGCAACUGUACUGCCUCUGGCAGGACAGAAAUAUGGACGUCGAAAAAAGCAAAAUGAAUGUGACGCUAGGACCUACAAGAUCACACAUUUAUGCAGACGUAUUGGAAAUGAUGUUCAAUCCUAAAAUACACGAAAGAAAAGAAACCCAAGAACGUACACAAACACCCGCUCUCAAACAAAAGGCUCUUCCUACAUGUUUUGAUGGACGUAAGCGGUGUAAAGCAAAAUCCUAUUUGAUAUACGAAAUAGGAAAGAUUGCUUUUAAAAUGUUGGUUAACUCGAGCAUUCAUUUUGAUGAGGCAACCAUGGACUUGUUACAAGAAGAGCAGUUUCUUUUAGAUUCAGGACUGAUUUUAGCCGAUAGGUCACAGAAGUGCAGUACUAAAAACAAGGUGUACCGAUUUCUGCAUAAAACCUACCAGGAAAUGUUAGCAGCAAUAUAUAUGUCGUCACUGAACACCGAGAGUGAAGACUGGCUUGCGUUUGAAAACACAUUCGAUACGGUGUCUUCACCGGACAUACUGGCCUUCCUGUGCGUGAUGAACUACGAGCAAGGCUUGCGAUGUUCGGAAUUGUUCGGUGACAUGCAGCGAGAGUUUUGCAGAGAAGGUACAUUGUAUGCCAAUGAGAUCAUCGAGUACCAAGACGCCGUGCAGUUGGCGUACACCGAAUGUGUUAACAAUGGAGUCUCGAAUCCGCAACUUACCCUUAGACAUGCAUGCGUUUCAGCGUUUCGUCCCCAAUUGCUUCACAGCGUCAGCGAACUUAAGUCGUGUUAUAUUAAAUGUUCAGAAGAAAUCUCUGUUACAACAAGCUUACUAGGCAUCGAACAACUUAACUUAUUAGCUAUAUCAAAUGAAAAAGAUUACGGAACUGAUCGACAAACUAUCCCAACACAAUUUCUUAAAACGUUAACAGUCCUAUGUAUAUACGAUUUGAAUAUAGACAAUGAUAACUUGAACCUGGCCUCCUGUGAUCUUAAAAUCUUGAUUCUACAGAAUCUUAGGCUCAAGCGAGUGACCAUCGCACCGGCCCUGUUAGAGAAUUUCUGGGUCUCCAUCAAAAAUGAAAUACGGGAUAACACACCGCCUAUGGAAGUGUCAUUCGCACACGGCGCACAGUUUUCAAACAAAUUACGAAAGCUCAGUCUGGACAACGUAACCUUAAACGAAACACUAAAUAUACAACAGUGUGACAAGCUACAACAAUUGCGAUUGGACACAUUAACAUUCCCUGAUGAAUUCCACUUGGACCUGUCAUCCAACACGAGCCUCACACAGAUUAUCCUGCAAAACCUCCGCCUCAAGCAUGCGACUAUCGCACCGGCCCUGUUAGAGAAGUUCUGGGUCGCCAUUAAAAAUAAAAUAUGGGAUAACACACCGCCUAUGGAAGUGUCAUUCGCACACGACCCACAGUUUUCAAACAAAUUACGAAAGCUCAGUCUGGACAACGUAACCUUAAACGAAACACUAAAUAUACAACAGUGUGACAAGCUACAACUAUUGCAAUUGGACACAUUAACAUUCCCUGAUGAAUUCCACUUGGACCUGUCAUCCUACACGAGCCUCACACAGAUUAUCCUGCAAAACCUCCGCCUCAAGCAUGCGACUAUCGCACCGGCCCUGCUAGAAGUGUUCUUGGUCUACAUGAAGAAGGACAUGGUAGAGAUGAUAUCGCCUUUGGAGGUGACAUUCGCACACGGCAAACAGUUUACAUCAAAACUUCGAAAACUCAGCUUGUUGAACGUUUCUUUUAAUGAAACGCUUUUUCUACAGCAAUGUGAUAAACUACAACUUUUGCGAUUGGACGAAAUAUUAACAUUUAAUGGCGACUUUCAUCUUGACCGUUCAUCUAUCACAGUCUUCACUGAGGUAACACUACAAACCUCCCAUAUCAAAAAUGUGAUCAUUACCCCGGCACAGCUUGAGUUGUAGUACUUCAUCAAUAACUACAACUGCAAUUCAACAUAUUUACGUUACCUGGUAUCUUCCACCUUGACCUGACUUUGAUCACGUAUCUCACUUUCUACAGUUAAUCUAUAGGACCUCCGCCUCACAGAUUUGGCCAUCGAAAGCUAAAUCUGAACAGCAUGACAACUACCCGCGUUCUUCUUACAACACUACAAAAAUAUGAGGAUUUCGUCACAUCAUACUCUUUUAGCCAAUGCAAUUGCAGAUAGGCAAUAUUUAAGUGCUAGGUUUAAUCAUGAAGAAAUUCAACUUUCGCGGUUGUCUUGUAUUGGCAAUUUGUCAGCCUAUGAGAUUGUAUUGUAAGUCAUUCAGAUGACCUGAAGUAAAAAAAAAUGAUAAAGAAGGACUUGUUUGCUACGCUUAUUCUACCCAUUCUAAAUCAUUAAGAUUUCACUUCAUGUCAUCUAACUAUCACAUAGAUCGACGAUUCAAUCAAUAAGUACGCCACGUAAUACGCCGAUUAAUACAAAAGUUGACUCAUUUGAAAAUAAGUUCAAAUAUAAUUUCAACAAUUGUGUCAUACUGAUUUUGAAAAUGACCAAUAUCUAAAUAGAUGAUAAAUUUAUUUUGAACACGUAAACACAUUUUCAGGUCCGUUUUACCUGAUUUGUUUAGAAAGCAACUGAUCCACAUUGGUGUUUCAAUCACAAUAUGCCAUGGUGUUUGCUCCAAAGCUAAAUAUUCUUCAAUAUCAUUGACUUUCCGGUGUCCAUGUAUAUAUGAUCACGUAUGAUUUAUUGUCAAUGAUCUAGGGUUAUGUAUAUCCCCAUGUAUACAUGAACUCGUUUGAUUUAUUGUCAAUGAUCUAGAAUCGUGUAUUUCGCCAUGUAUAUAUGAAAACGUAUUAUUUCCAGUCAAUGAUCUAGGAUCGUGUAGUUCUCCAUGUAUAUAUGAAUACGUAUUGUUUCCAGUCAAUGAUCUAGGACCGUGUAGUUCGCAAUGUAUAUAUGAAUAUGUAUUGUUUCCUGUCAAUGAUCAAGCAUCGUGUAGUUCGCCAUGUAUACAUGAAUACGUAUUGUUUCCAGUCAAUGAUCUAGGAUAGUGUAGUUCGCCAUGUAUAUAUGAAUACUUAUUGUUUCCAGUCAAUGAUCUAGGACCGUGAAGUUCUUAAUGUAUAUAUGAAUACGUAUUGUUUCCUGUCAGUGAUCUGGGAUCGUGAAGUUCGCCAUGUAUAAAUGAAUACGUAUUGUUUCCUGUCAGUGAUCUGGGAUCGUGUAGUUCUCCAUGUAUAAAUGAAUACGUAUUGUUUCCUGUCAGUGAUCUGGGAUCGUGAAGUUCGCCAUAGUUUUUGACCCGUUUCAAUGUAAAUAUUCAUGUUGAUUUUUGAACUGAAAUACAUUUUUGUUCCGUUUCAGUUAAAUGUUAUGAUUGUAAUAUAUUGCACAUAAGUGUUAAUGUUUUAUAUUUAAGCUAUGUGUGUUCUAAUUACAGUUACCGUACAUGGUAAUAAACAUGAUCGUAUUAAAUGUUUAUGUAUAAUUUGAAUUCUUAUAUAAAUUCAAUGAACUAAAAAUGUUUAAAUCUGUUUUCGCAUUUAAUGAAUUUAAAAUACAUGAUCUGAAAUAAAGUUUUAAAAUAACGGUUGUUUCGUUGCUUGCAGGAAUCAAUAAAGUGCGUUUGAAAUGCAAACAGAUGAAAAACAAAUAAAAACAACAACAACAAAAAUGGUUAUACGGACUACGGCUUAUUUACACAAAGAAAUUCUAAUGAAAACUGUAUCACUGAUUUCCUCACACUGUGAUCAGCAUUCAUCUGUUUGCAUUACAAUUGUUACGACAAUAUUCCCAUACUGAGUGCCAAAAGCAUUCGCGCAAAAUUCUCUCUGAAUUAUAAAUGUUUAAACCUGUUUUUGCAUUAAAUGAAGU